GGCGUCGUGAACGAGCGGCGCUGUGGUGACGUGUCUCAGUCUUUCGUGGCGGAGCCGCUGCUGGAGCCGCAUCCAGCCCCUACAGCCCUCUGUUACUGCUGCACGGCCGGACCCGCUCACAGGACACCAUGGGGAUUAAAUUUUUGGAGGUCAUCAAGCCUUUCUGUGCGGUCCUGCCAGAGAUCCAGAAACCAGAGAGAAAAAUUCAGUUUAGAGAAAAGGUGCUAUGGACCGCCAUCACGCUAUUCAUCUUUCUGGUGUGCUGCCAGAUCCCGCUCUUUGGCAUCAUGUCAUCAGAUUCGGCAGAUCCCUUCUACUGGAUGAGAGUGAUCCUGGCUUCUAACAGAGGUACUCUGAUGGAGCUGGGGAUUUCGCCCAUCGUCACCUCGGGCCUCAUCAUGCAGCUGCUGGCCGGUGCCAAGAUCAUCGAGGUGGGAGACACCCCGAAGGACAGAGCGCUCUUCAACGGAGCUCAGAAAUUGUUUGGAAUGAUCAUCACUAUUGGACAGGCCAUUGUUUAUGUCAUGACUGGCAUGUAUGGAGAUCCUUCAGAGAUGGGUGCUGGGAUAUGCUUGCUCAUCAUUAUCCAGCUCUUCGUCGCAGGUCUGAUAGUCUUGCUGCUGGAUGAGCUCCUGCAAAAGGGCUAUGGACUCGGCUCCGGUAUCUCUCUGUUCAUUGCAACCAACAUCUGCGAGACCAUCGUUUGGAAAGCCUUCAGUCCGACCACCGUCAACACCGGCAGAGGUACUGAGUUCGAGGGGGCCAUCAUCGCUCUCUUCCACCUGCUGGCCACCCGCACGGACAAGGUGCGUGCUCUGAGAGAAGCUUUCUACAGGCAGAACCUGCCCAACCUCAUGAACCUCAUCGCCACCGUCUUCGUGUUCGGAGUGGUCAUAUACUUCCAGGGCUUCAGGGUGGAUCUGCCCAUCAAGUCGGCUCGCUACCGUGGCCAGUACAACACCUACCCCAUCAAACUGUUCUACACCUCCAACAUCCCCAUCAUCCUGCAGUCGGCCCUGGUGUCCAACCUGUACGUGAUUUCUCAGAUGCUGUCAACGCGUUUCAGCGGCAACUUCCUGGUCAAUCUCCUGGGAACGUGGUCUGACACUUCAACGGGAGGACCGGCUCGGGCCUACCCGGUCGGCGGCCUCUGCUACUACUUCUCUCCUCCGGAGUCCUUCGGUUCUGUCCUGGACGACCCGGUUCACGCCGUCAUCUACAUCGUCUUCAUGCUCGGCUCCUGCGCCUUCUUCUCCAAGACCUGGAUCGAGGUGUCGGGAUCCUCUGCCAAAGACGUGGCGAAGCAGCUGAAGGAGCAGCAGAUGGUGAUGCGAGGACACAGAGAAACCUCCAUGGUGCACGAACUGAACAGGUACAUCCCCACAGCGGCUGCGUUUGGAGGGCUCUGUAUAGGAGGCCUGUCCGUCAUGGCAGACUUCCUGGGAGCCAUCGGGUCGGGGACGGGAAUCCUCUUGGCCGUGACCAUCAUCUACCAGUACUUUGAGAUCUUUGUAAAAGAGCAGAGUGAAGUCGGCAGUAUGGGAGCACUCUUCUUCUAAUAAAAAAAGCAGGUCACUCUGCGCACAUCCAGACACUAAGAAAUCCACCCCACCAUGUUUUUUUUUUUUUUUUUGUUUUGUUUCCGUUUUGUUUUUUUGUUUUUUUUUUGCAGUCUGCUCAGUCGGUGUAUUUUGCAGCUUGGACAAGUGUCAUGUUUGUCUCCACUGUACUGCCGUCGUUUGGGGAAACUACUCACAGGUUUCAGCAUGGAGUCUCUUCAGCCCUUUUAUUCCAGUAGCUGCCUAAAUCCCCGGUGGCCGCCUCAUCAGCGGGGGAGUGAGGGGCUUGUCUUUGACUCACCUCAGGCUUUUUUCCUUGUAGCAUCUUAAAGGAGCGUUCACACAGUAACAGCAUGUUCGUCUCCAGCUGGAAGCCCCGGGCCUGGACUCGUAUGGGGACUUGCAGUCGAGCCUGGGGUCUCUAGGGGCUGAGAAAAGCAGGAAUGAAAUAUGCUUUACUCCCGGUUUUGUUUCUGGUAAUCUCAGGCAGACUGGGUUGUUUUGAUUCAUCUUUAAUUUUUUAUUUUUUAUUUUUUUUCUUAAAUCGAGGACAACAUUGAUGUUCACGCUGAUCUGUUGCACAGUGUUUGUCCUCCGUCUCGGGGUUCUCAAAGGAAAGUGUUUGUCUGUGCCGUCGUGCUCUUAUUCUCAGACUGAAUUGCUGCACAAAACUGCCAAGAUGGUUGGGAUGAGGGAGGGUUUGAUAUGGCUGACAAAGGGUUUUCAUUUUGUUUUUACUUUGUAACAAACAUAAUUGUGUUAUUAAAAAAAAAAAAAAAGUGUUUUCCAACACACUUGGAA